AUUCAUCAUUCAUCAUUCAUCAUUCAUCAUUCAACAUUCACAAUUCACAAUUGGAUACCUCAGGAUCAUCAUCAAAUCUGCUCUGCUGCCUACGCCACUCCACCGUGGGAUGUGUCUUUGUACUUAUCUAAGAAACUAAUUCACCGACACUUGGAUACUGAAAGCAGUUUUACUAUGCUUUCUUGUUUGCUUGUCCAGUGUCAAGCAGCAUCAAGAAAUUGUCACACCUCGAGGUUCCCUAUCUAAUCCGAUUCGACUCUCACCUUCAACAUGAGCGAACUCCUAAAUUAUCUUGUGCAGCAUGACGAGAAUUUCCGAAGAGCCCGACUCCCUGCUCUCUAUUCUGACUUCCGCUCCCAACGAAACCUGAACCCGGAUGGCUUCGUCGCCAAUGUCACAGCAUGGAAGCGGGGACUUUCUUCGGCAGCAUUGGCUGGCCAUGCACCCUCUAAAUCAGCAACACACAACCAUUUAAUUCUCGACUUAGAUGGCGACUCCCUCCUACGAUCCCUCGAGACUAAGCAAUUCGGACGGCCUCUAGCGCUAGGCACUGUGCUACAGGAGGCUUUGGCGAACGGGGAGAUGAUGCCGCUACAACAAUUCCUUAAGUCUAAGGAGAGUAUAUACUACCGGUCAUGGGGUAGCCUUCCUUGGUCCGUUAUGUCAUGGGGACUACGACAAGUCGGGAUAGGUGGACCGGGCGAUAACUUACCUCGAGGUCAGUUUGUAGUAUUGCAAAACCUAGAAAUAUUAGCCAAGGCAUUCAGCGAGGCUACCGCAGACCGUACAUCACCUUUUGAGCGAACUUUUUCCAAGGCACAUUUUCGACGGACGUUUGCCGAGGGCCUACUAGAGAAAAAACAACGAUUAUCAGAGACAGAUCUGGACGUAUUAGUUAAUUUUCUAUCACGAGACAAGAAUGUGUUGUCGACAGAUGGUGAUACGAUUAAGAUUCGGAGCGGAGCUGAAGACGUAGCUAUUACCGAAGAGGAUAAGGCAAUUGCCUCCCUCAAGGAGCUUAUAGAGGACCUAACACGGCAGACUGAUGUACUAAGUCGGCGUGUCGACGAGCUCAAUAUUACAGCUCAGGAUGCUGUACGCAGAAAGAACCGGGUUGCUGCUCUAGCAGCCCUGAAGUCGAAGAAAUUAGCAGAGACAAAUUUGACACGACGGCAUGCCACCCUAAGCCAAUUGGAAGAUGUAGCCGCCAAGAUCGAACAGGCGGCCGAUAACGUUCAAUUAGUCAAGGUUAUGCAAUCGAGCACGACUGCAUUACGCAGCCUGAACGCCCAAGUUGGCGGUGCCGACAAGGUAGACGAAGUACUAGAUAACCUUCGCGAGCAGAUGGGCGAGGUGGACGAAGUAGGCAACAUCAUCGCCGAGGCAGGACCCGCGGCCACCGUCGACGAGACGGAAGUAGACGACGAAUUCGAAGCUAUGCUAGCCGAGGAGCGCAAGAAAGAGGAAGAGGUAGAAAGGAUCAAGAAGGAAGCACAACAAGAGAAAGAAGCCGAAGAGACGAGACGAAAGUUGGCCGAAAUCGAGAAAUUGGCUCCUCUUCCUGUACCUGGCAAAAUAGAAGAGAAGGAUUCGCGGCCUAUUACGCCGGUUACUGCUACAGCGAACGAGUUGGGAGAUAUGCAGAUACAAAGUGAUAGCACAACAGAGAAAGUAGCGCAACGGGCAGAGUGAAUUUACGGAUAACUAUUUAAUAGAUCAUUAAUUUGGCUUCGAAGAAAGCAAUAUAGUAUUAUUAUU